GGAUCCAGACCCUCCUUGGACCACUCCACUGUUGGGAUGUCCCCGCUGACAGUGACGUGGCAGGGCAGGACGACACUUCCGCCAGCAAAGGCCAGGAUCUUCUCAUACACAUUAUUGUCUGAGGUUUCUUCUAAGAAUAAGAAAAAGACACCAAACAUGGUGGGGCAGAUAUUCCCUUCAAAGACAGGCAGAGCAGUCGGCCACACACACACUUGACGUCUAACACUCAAGGCCGUGCUGACAAGAAGAACCAAAAUGAACGGGGCCGGGCCGGAACCACUUGCAACUUCUUCCCGCCCCGAAGUUAGAGGGGUAUGCUGGUCUCCUAGAGCGCCUGAUAUAUCUGGUGCGGGAGCAUGGCGUGGCUGCGGGGCUUGUCGUUGCUCGGGCUCCUUUUCGUGCUCAUUCGUGGGAAACGCGUCAACCUGGGGGACCCGGCUGAGCUGUGCGCGAGCGAGUGCUUCCCGUGCGCUCACGGGUGCGAGCUGAUCCGUCGGCUGCAAGAUGAACGGCCCCUGCCCGUGGCGAAGUGCGUCGACGACGCCUGGAUGCCGGAGGAAAAGUACCGGGAGCGGGUCGAAGCAGCCUCCGGGUCGCGUUUGCUCCUCACGCACACGUACUACAACGACAAAGGAAUGUACGAAAUUCUGUGCGGCACCGACAUGGUCUCAAAUUUCCUGCUGGACGUUGUUGCGCCCACCGCAGUGGUUACGUGCGUUGGCGAAACGGUCGGACUACCCUGCCAUGCCAUUACCGUCGGGGAGAGCGUGAAGUCCGUGAAGUGGGAAAAAACCGGAGCGCUCGUGUUCGAACAGGACCUCUCCUCCGGGGACAUCCGAUACGGGACCGGGCUCCGGGGACGAGUGUCCGCAUCGUCUGAUUGGCUCCGACGGGGAGACUUUUCGCUGGCCCUGGAGCGGGUCCAGCCGGGGGAUCGAGGUGACUACUCCUGCUACGUCCAGUACGAGGACGCAAACCGACGAGGGGGAAACCCUGCAGUCGUGAGAGUCGUGGUGAAUGAGAAGAACCCGGAUCAGACCACAUGCAUCCCGCUGCCUGUAUCCCCAUCACAAGAAGACCCUGGUGGGAAGGGAGCGGGGCCCGGGACCCUCGUCGCAGUAACGGCCUGUGUGACAUUUGUGCUCUGUGCCCCUGUAGCCGCUUGGUUUGGUUGGUGGCUGAAAUCCCGCAGAUCAGAUGUCUAAUCCCGCAGACUGGCGACAGUGCUAUAAACAAUGUCUUUUCAUAUAUUUAAGUAUAUAACCCUAACCCUAAGUCUCAACGUGCUGGACUGAGGUGUAUGUUUACAUAUGUAGAGGCCCUGGGUCAAAGGUCCUCAGAGGGGGCCUCGCAGUUCGGAAGAGGACGUUCAGGCUUUGCGACUGAAACCGUAGGUUAGUGGCAGUUUUCAGGGAAACAAGCGCCUUAUUUAAGAGUCGACGACCGAGGGCCUCCCUGGCGGUCCCCCCUGGGAAGAAGUUCAGGUCGGAGACCGUAGAAAAGCCUCGUUCGUAGCAGUAAAGUGUGAUAAAUAAACGCCA